AUGACAGAGAAUAUCGACGUUUACCAGAAUCAAAUAGCUUUAGCUAGAACCGAAAUUAAAAAUCUAAGACAACGAAUUUCAGCUUUAAAACAAGAGCAUCAAAAGGAAAUUAAACAUAUAAAGUCUACCCUGAAUAACCUUCGCUGUUCAAGUUGUGCAGCGGAAGCUUCAACAGUAGAGAAUAACUAUAACAAGAAUGAUGCUUCAGUACCUCAAACUACCAGUAAUAUGACUUUUCGACCUAUUGGGUACAUUGAAACUUCUUUCAAUAAUAAGAGAGGAGUGCCAAGACAGCCCUCACUUUUGACCAAUGUAAAAGGGGCCGUUGUUGUUGAUACAAAUGUUUUUAAUAACCCUGAGCAUGCUCUUGAUGGAUUAGAAGAAUUUUCUCAUAUGUGGAUCAUAUUCUAUUUUCACAUGACAGAUAGCACCAAUGUACCAGCAAAAGUAUCACCACCACGGCUUGCUGGUGAAAGACGAGGUGUUUUCUCCACUAGGUCUCCUCAUAGACCUUGUCCGAUUGGAUUAUCUCUUGUCAAAAUUCAUAGUAUUGAAGGAAACAAAAUUUAUUUCAAUGGGGUAGAUAUGGUGAAUGGAACACCUGUACUUGACAUAAAACCAUAUAUACCACAAUAUGACUACCCACAGACAUAUGGAGAGGCUUUGUCAGCAUUAGAAAGGCCACCAACGGAAGGAAUUAACGAUCCAGUGGAAAUAGUGGCUAAUUUACAUAUAGAUGAUGACUCUUUAUCAGUUAGAAGCUUGAGUCCUCGCUUAGCACAGCCAAUUGGAAUUGAUACAUCGAGUCCAUUAUCGUCACCUUUGAACAUGCUAUCACCUGGAAUCGACCGUGUGACACCAAUCUCGCCUCGAGUAUCACCAGCAAGCGAAGAUUUACUCGAUGGACCAGUUUCAUCACCGAUUCGCAGAGUGGAUACCGAAAGAGGUGCACCAGACGGUCAAGAAAGAUUUACACCGCCCCAAAACCAUUUGAAUGUGAAUCAAGAUGGAAUUCGCGUAGCAUCGUGGGUAAACAACCCACCAGCUCUAAAAUAUCAAGUGAUAUUUACAGAUGAUGCACUUCACAGAUUAAAUAAUUUGAUCGGAGACAGGGCGGCUUCGUUCAAAACUAACAUUGAAAACCUUCUGUCAGAAGAUCCCAGAUCAGUUUACGUGAGAACCAGAUAUCCUGACCAUGAAUAUAGUUGUGUGCUAGAAGAUUUAUCCGUCAGUUGUGUUUUUGAUGAAAAUUUAUGUGUAUGUAAGAUUGUAGCUCUUAGAAACGCUGAAGACUUGCAAAAU